CAUUUCAUCUCCCACUCUUUUCUUUCUUUCUUUCUUUGUUUCUUUUUGCUUUGCUUUUCUGAACUCCAACACACUCUUUCUCUUUGCUUUCAUAUUCCUUAAUUGAGUGACAUAGCAUCAUCAUUGUUUGAGAACAACUUCUCUUUUCACUCAAUUCUACUUUUAACCUUUGCUUCUUUCUAAAAGAACUUUUUUUUUUUUUGGUUUUUCCUUGGAAAAAACUUCUGGGUUUUGUUUCUUGAUUCUUGAUUUUCACUGUUAUUAUUUAUCUGGGUCUUCAAAAUUUUCCUAUAAUUUUUUUCUCAUGGAAAAGGACAAUGUUUUUAUGGCUGAGGGACUAAACAGAACGGCAGCACAACAACCGACUUGGAAUGCUUGCGGUUUUGGGAUAGAAAUGCAAACAAAUGAGCUGAAUUGUGGAACAGAGCAGGUGGGAAGUUGUUUUUUCAAUCCCUGUUGGGAUAAUUCAAUGGAUCAGAGCGAUCUCUUUGAGUCAGCUUUGAGCUCCAUAGUGUCUUCUCCAGCAGCAUCCAAUGCUGGAACUACUCUCCCUGGUUCCGGCGAUAAUGUAAUGAUCAGAGAAUUGAUUGGAAGAUUAGGAAACAUAUGUAAUUCUGGUGAUAUUUCACCUCAGUCUUUCAUUCAACCAAAUAACAACACCAACAGUGCCAACACUUCCUGUUAUAAUACUCCAUUGAAUUCACCUCCAAAGCUCAAUCUUUCAAUGAUGGAUUCACAGAUCAGAGGAAAUUUGAAUUUGCCGGGUCUUGGAAACCAGUUAUCAAAUCAUCCAAGCCUGGCACCAUUUUAUGCUGACCCUGGAUUUGCUGAGAGGGCUGCUAGAUUUUCCUGUUUUAAUAGUAGCAUAAAUUUUGGUGGCCUAAAUGGUCAGCUUGGAUUGACGGAGGCUGAAUUGUCUCAAAGAUUGCUUCCUACAAUGGAUUCUGUUAAGCUUUCAAGAGUUUCAAGUAACCAAUCCAUUAAGGUUACUGGAUCUCAAGUAAAUGUUCCAGAAAGCAACAAAAACUCAUCACAGGAAGGGAAUUCAGGUUCUGAUAAGAAAAACAGUAGGCUGUCAGGGUCUUCCUGGCCAGAUAAUGCGGAAUUUGGUGAUUCCAAGGAAGAAUCUUCAGUUUCUGAACAGAUCCCAGGCGGGGAUUCAAGCAUGAAAGGCCAAAAUGAGGCCAAUGCCAGGAAAAGGAAAUCAAUUCCGCGGGGAAAAGCAAAAGAAAUCUCAACUUCAGCGGCUGCUGAUGACAAGGUUGCAGCAGGGAAUGAUGAAUCCACCGCCAAAAGAAGCAAGCAAGAUGGAGCCGCUGGGAAUGCAAAGGAGAAGACAGAACAAAAUGGCAAUGCUAAAGCAGCAAAUGAUGGGAAUCAGAAGCAAAGUAAGGAGAGUUCCAAGCCACCAGAGCCUCCAAAGGACUAUAUCCAUGUCAGAGCCAGAAGGGGUCAAGCAACUGAUAGUCAUAGUCUUGCAGAAAGAGUUCGAAGAGAGAAAAUAAGUGAAAGGAUGAAGUUUCUCCAGGAUCUUGUUCCAGGUUGCAAUAAGGUGACUGGUAAAGCAGUUAUGCUUGAUGAAAUUAUUAACUAUGUGCAGUCCUUACAGCGUCAGGUCGAGUUUCUAUCUAUGAAGUUGGCUACUGUGAACCCAAGGAUGGAUAUAAACAUGGAAGCCCUUCUGUCAAAAGAUAUGUUUCAAUCUCGUGGAUCUUUGCCACAUGCCUUUUAUUCAAUGAAUUCUUCUGCACCGACAUUCCCUCUUGGAUACCAGCCCCAGCAAGGACUCCAUCUGAACAAUGGCAUAUCCAAUAAUAAAGAGACUCAAUUCUCAAACAAUCCACUGAAUGCUGUAUUGCGUAAAACACGAGGCUUGCAGCUACCUCCUAAUGAUGGUUUUACUGAUGCUAAUCCUCAGGUUGCGUCAAUUUGGGAGGAUGAUCUCCAGAGCAUUGUUCAAAUGGGAUUUGGCCAGAAUCAGGCACAAAGCUAUCAAGGCUCAUUAGCUGCAGGGCAAGUGAAAAUUGAGCUGUAAUUACAAUUACACAACACUUUCUGAUUCCCUUCAGGCCCUCCGGGAGAGCAAGAGAGGCCCAUGUACAUAGAGAGAAAUUACAGCUUGUGAAAUCUUUAGCCCUGAAAAGGGAGAGAACUUAUCUUAGUUUAAUCUCAUUUCCCAAAUUGUUUCCGCAACUCAUUCUUUAGAGAAUUCUUACUAGAAUUCCUGAUAUGUAAUAUGGUAGAACUAAUUGCAAAGAAGUGGUGCAUAAAUCACAAUUUAAGAUUUAGCUUCAGUGAAAGGAGUGUUGGCGAGGUUGAAAGAAGACAGGAAUUUUUAUUUAUACUUCUGUUUCAACCGUGUCUAUUGGCCUUACAAAUUGAGAAAAGAAAGUUAUCUUUCA